AUGGAAGGCCAAGGAGAUGCAGCGGCUGCCGGCGCCGGAGGGAGUCAGGGACCACGACCAUCCAACAAGCGCCUCCAACAAACUCAGGCACAGGUCGAUGAAGUAGUCGGAAUUAUGAAGGUGAACGUGGAAAAGGUGUUGGAGCGUGAUCAGAAGCUUUCUCAGCUUGACGACCGUGCGGAUGCUCUGCAGGAAGGAGCGUCACAAUUCGAGAAGUCGGCUGCAACACUCAAGAGAAAGUACUGGUGGAAGAACAUCAAAAUGAUGAUCAUAAUGUGUGCAAUCACAGUAAUUCUGAUCAUUAUCAUUGUUCUGUGGGCAGGUGGAAAGUAG